AUGGGUCAAGCUCAAACAAGAAGCACAAAGAAGAUAAUGAAGAACAAGAGAAAUCCAAAGUUUGAAGCCAAAGAGGAAUAUUUCAUUAGAAAUGGAGGAAUUUUGCUAGAAAAACAAAUUGCUAUAAGUGAAGGUCAAUGUAUAGGAGCAAGGCAGCUAAAGAUUUUCUCCAAGGAGGAUAUUGAGAAGGCAACUAACAAUUACGACCCUGAUCUUAUUAUUGGACGUAGCAUCACUAUUGCUCAUAGAAAUGUCUAUAAAACCAUACUCGAAGAUCGAAUUGUUUCCAUUGGAGCUCCAAUUCAUCCAGAUUAUAAUCCCAAAUUAGUUGAUCGCUACUUAACUGAAGCUGCAAUGGCAAUGGUGAUGAAUCAUGGCAACAUGGUCAAAUUCUAUGGUUGUUGUCUCGAAACCGCGACACCAAUACUAGUGCAUGAAUUCUUACCAAAUGGAAGCCUCUUUCAACAUUUACAUGCUAAUGAUGUUAUUGCAAUUGCGUCUAAUAAGCGUGUAACAAUAAUAAAAUGGGCUGAUCGUUUGAAAGUUGCAACAGGGGUAGCAUAUGCACUAUCUUAUAUGCAUAAUGCCUUGUCAAAGCCAGUGGUGCAUAGAGGUAUUAACUCGUCUAUGAUACUAUUAGAUGAUUUAUUUCAUGCCAAAUUCGCGAAUUUUGGGCUUUCGGUGUCUGUUACUCCUGGAGAAAAGCCUCAAAGACGACCUGUGGAAGGAACUCCAGGGUACAUUUGUCCUGAAUAUAUCGAAACUCAAGAGGUAACAGAGAAGUGUGAUGUAUAUAGCUUCGGAGUUUUGAUGUUGGAGUUAUUGACAAGAAGACACCCUCUUACGAUGGCUAGAAGUGGAGAAGAUUUGGUUGAGGAAUUUGUAACAGGUUUGGUGAAAAAUUGCAUGAUGAUGGAGAUGAUUGAUAGUGAAGUUUUGGGACAAACAAAUAGAGGUGAGAUUCAAAGGGUUGCAAAACUUGCAUGUUCGUGUGUGGCCAAGAAAGGGGACGAGAGACCGACUAUGAUUGAAGUUGUUAAAGAGCUUUGGUUAAUACAAGGUCGAAUCAAUAAAUGA